AUGACCUGCGGUAUCCCCGGCAAAAGCAAAGAUGCCGCGCUCUGCCCUGUCGAAGCCGGUUCAGAGAUGCGACUCCAGUUCCAAAACUACGACGACCCUUCAAGAGACGAUUGGGUAAUUGACAAAUCCCACAAAGGCCCUAUCCUGGUCUACUUGGCUCCACUGGAGUCUGCCGGCAAGGGUGAUGUGUGGUUCAAGAUAUUCGAGCAUGGAUACAGUGAUGGUAAAUGGGGCACCGAUUUGAUUCGCGGCGAUAAGGAGGGAAAACUCACUAUCACUAUCCCUGCAGAUAUCAAACCUGGCGACUAUUUGCUACGCAAUUAUGCAAAGGAUAAGAAUAAUGGUGCCCAGUACUUUAUUAAUUGUGCCCAUAUCACUGUUUCUGGCUCUGGAACCUCCGUACCCAAGGCUAGCUAUUCCAGGUAUCUACAAGACCGCUGA